ACGUCAACAACUAUCUUUGUUUAAUACAUUAAAAUAAAAAAUAAUCAUGAAAUCAUGGGCUAUCAGAUCUGUGGUUAAAUUAAAUUGUAAAGAAAUAAUUUCUGUAGACGGAGUUUAGAGCAAAUGGAGACAGAAGUCAUCCAUCUGCGACCCUAGUGCAUGGAGAGGGAACACACAAAUCUCAUUUGACAUCUGUAAUAUUAAUAGAAGGGGCCCCCUUAAACAUCCCCAACAAAUUUCUCUGCCUCAAGACCAAUGAAGGGCGAAGCCGCAAAGGGCAGUGAAGGCUGAAGAGCAAUAAACGUGAGAGAGGGAGAGGCAGAGACCAAUGAAGGGCGAAGCCGCAAAGGGCAGUGAAGGCUGAAGAGCAAUCAAAAGAUUUACUCAAUCUUUGAAUUAACUCUCUCUCUCUCUCUCUUCUCUCUCUCUCUCUCUUCUCUCUCUCUCACGCUCUAUUUAGGGCCCAAAGGUCUCAUUAGAAUCAAAGGUAGAGGAAUCCGGGGAACUGAGGCCGAGGUGAGAAAAAAACAGAGCAUAGCUUCUGCUUUCUCUGCUGCAUGCUGAUAUUCCCCUGUCUUCAAUUGUUCAGUGUAUUUUUGCUGUGCAUCUCUCUUCAGAAGCUCACAUGCACACAUCGCUGUCAAACUCCUCCCUGCAUCGCUCACCUCAAGCUCUAUUUCCUCCCUACCUAUUUUGGUGAAAGAGUUCAUCAUUUCAAAUUUCGCUGAUCGUUUGUUGCUUAUUACUUACACGUACGGGCCUGCAAAUCUCCAACUCAUCUCUUGUCUUUUUCCACCAAAAUCUUUGAACCCAUCAUUCAAAAUCUCUGUCCAAGUUGAUCACCCUCUAUAAUAAAUCAAGAAACCCCAUCCCUCCUCCACUUACCUCAAAAAUUCUCUAUAAACUUCACCGACCAUGAAGGAGUUUUGGACAUCACUAGCUUCUCUAAUGGGCGUUUUCGCCUUCUGUCAAAGCCUCCUCCACGCCGUCUUCCCUCCCGAUCUCCGCUUCGCAACCGCGAAGCUCUUCAACCGUCUCUUUCGCUCUUUCUCCACUUACUGCUACUUUGACAUCACCGAGAUCGACGGAGUUAACACCAACGAGCUCUACAACGCUGUUCAGCUCUACCUCAGCUCCUCCGCCUCCGUUGCUGGUUCCCGCCUCUCUCUCACCCGUGCCCUCAAUUCCUCCGUCUUCACCUUCGGCCUCUCCAACAACGAUCGCCUUAUCGACACGUUCAAAGGCGCAACCGCCAUUUGGGAGCACGUCGUCACUCAGCGGCAGUCCCAAACAUUCUCAUGGCGCCCACUGCCCGAAGAGAAGCGGGGCUUCACCCUCAAAAUCAAGAAGAAGGACAAGCCUCUCAUUCUCGAGACCUAUCUCGAUCACAUUAUGGAGAGAGCCGCGGAUAUUCGAAGAAAGAAUCAAGAUAGGCUUCUGUAUACGAAUUCUCGCGGCGGAGCUAUGGAUACGAGGGGCCACCCUUGGGAGUCUGUUCCUUUUAAGCAUCCGAGCACAUUUGACACAUUGGCUAUGGAUCCUUUGAGGAAGGAGGAGAUAAUGGAGGAUUUGAGGGAUUUUGCGGAGGGGAAAGCUUUUUAUGAGAGGACCGGUAGAGCUUGGAAGAGGGGUUAUCUUCUUUAUGGCCCUCCGGGCACCGGAAAGUCGAGUAUGAUAGCUGCCAUGGCUAAUUUCUUGAGAUACGAUAUUUAUGAUCUUGAGCUUACUGAGGUUCAUACCAACUCCGAGCUCAGAAAGCUUUUGAUGAAGACUACUUCGAAGUCUAUCAUUGUCAUUGAGGACAUUGACUGUUCGAUUAAUCUUACUAAUAGGAUCUCCGGCACCGGGGGCAAGAACCAUGGGCUGUCGUCUAGUGAUCCAAUGGGGUCUGGUGAGGAAUCGAGCUCGGGUACUAAGUCUAUUACUCUCUCCGGUUUGUUGAAUUUUACCGAUGGAUUGUGGUCGUGUUGUGGGAGCGAGAGGAUAUUUGUGUUCACGACGAACCACAUUGAGAAACUUGACCCGGCAUUGCUCAGGUCAGGGAGGAUGGACAUGCACAUAUUCAUGAGCUAUUGCUCGUUCUCAGCGUUGAAGAUUUUGUUGAAGAAUUAUUUGGGGUUGGAGGAUGGAGACGUUGAGGAGGGGAUGAUGAAGGAAUUGGAGGAGGUGAUUGAUGAUGCUGAGAUGACGCCGGCGGAUAUUAGUGAAGUCUUGAUCAAGAAUAGGAGGCAUGAGAAGGAGAGAGCGGUGAGAGAAUUGUUGGGGGUUUUGAAAGGGGGAUUAGAGGGGAAGAAGAAGAAGAAGGAGAACAAGAAUGUAGUCGGAGGAGAAGAGGGGAUGAAGGAGAGAAUUGCGGGAGAGUUGGAGGAAGAAGAAGAGCAAGAGAAGAGGGCAUUAGAGAGCCCAAAAGAAGGGGUCAAGGGAUUGAAGAAGCUGUGCAAUGGGAAUCUAUAAGAGAGGAUACAUUGAUGUAAUUUGGUUAAGUUAGAUGGAGUUUUUUUAGUUUUUGGGAUUUGUUUUGG